AUGAUUGAAAGUUUGGGAUCUCGAGUCAUCGACCGUAAGCCGUCGAGUCACGAUGAGGUCCAAAAGAUCGUCAUUCUCCAGCGAUUUCCUAAUCUCGUGAUUCUCAACUCGAAAGUACAACACUGGAAACAACUUCUACCUUCGAACUUUGCAUUCACGAAACCUCGGAGUAAUUUCACAACGAGCAAGAGCUUCCUAGCAUCAAGACAGAACAAAUCUUCGGAAACCCAAGACUUCACGAUGAGUUCCAACAGUGAACAACCUUCUCUAAAAACAGCCAUGACAACUUCAUCCCAAACUACCAUCACUCGACAACCUACUCCCCCACAGCAAAUGGAUACCCAAUCCAAUACUGAAGACAGCACAUCUCCAUGCGUGGAGGCUUGUGUAGGCACAGGUUACGUCGUUUUAUGCUCCCCUUUUCAAGGUUGUGGUAGUCUUGGUGGCGCCAGUAGUUGUGGUCAAAGUUGCGGUAAUUGUGAUUGCAACGGCGAUUGCUAA